AUACAAAAAAAACACAGCAGAGAUAUUCGUACUAUCUUUAUUCUCAACGUCACUGCCAAGCCAGCUGUAAACGCGUUCAAAAAGAUUCCAAGCGUUUUUCCAUGGAUUAAGGUGAAUUUCAUAUUACGACGGCAAGCGAGUUUAUGUUUUUGUGUGUGUGUUUUUUUUUUCAUUUUACUUGGCUUUUGUGUGUUCGCUUUUCAUUAAUUUCCUCCACCUUGGGUGCAUGUCAAUCAUACGCAACGUUGGACUUAAGAUACGACUCUAUAGCCAAUGCAGAGAUCUUUGCAUAAGAAUUGCAAUCAAUAAAGAAUAACACUUCAUGGCUAUACGACAAUGUCCAAUGCUCGUGAGCUGGCAUUGAUCGAGAAAUGGGCUGACAUUGCCAAACCGCCAACACCGACGCGGCCAACUUUAUCGCCAACAUCGCCGCGAACCAUUGUCAAGUUCUGUUGCUGCCCACAGCGCAGCAGUAGGCACUAUAGUCUAAAGCAACCGAAAAGCAAGUCGUCGGUAAAUACGCUGCAUGCCAGAAAUAUAUUUGCCGAUAACGAUUUUACAUAUAUUGAUGAUGUGCCGCGAGCAGCAGCUGCUGCCCAGCGACUUCAAGAUUGGCACAGUGAUUACGAUUGCGACUACGACGAUAUUGAAGAUGAUGAUGAUGAUGCAGAAGAUGAUGAUAAUGAUAAUGACAAUGGCGAUGACGAUGAUGUCAAUGAUAUCGCUAAGAUCUCUGGCCACAAAAACGACGGAAAUGUGGCGCUGAUAUUAAUGAAUCAACGAAAUGUGCCUGAACAAUGGCGGCAGGACAACAAAGGCAACAGCAACAGCAACAGCAAUAGCAGUGAACUAGCAACAGCAUUAGCAACAAGUAAAACUUGCGCUGUCACAAACAGCCCGCAGAGUGGCAAUGCGCAGAACCAGCAGCAGCAGCCACAACAACAGCAAAUACAACAACAACAACAAACAACCCAAAGACUUAGCAAUAGCUUGCAACAGCAACAACAAUUGCAACAGCAACAUAGCAAUAAGGAAAAUACACUAAGCUACGACAACAACAACAAGCCGGGCUGUAAUUAUUGUAAAUUACCCGACACCGCCGAGCCCCAAACGAACACCAACGACAGCAAUAGCAAUAGCAACGGCAACGGCAACAGAAACAGCAACAGCAAUUCGAAAAUUGAUUCACCGAAGUCGUCGCAGAAUAAAAUGACAAUUACGACAGCAACAACAACAACAACAACUGCUGCAACAUCAACAUCGUCUGCGGCCACAGCCAGCGAGUGUGGGUUGACGGCACCACAAAUAGCAGAAGAGUUUGUGGGUGCUGCCACAGAAGUGCUGUGCAGCGAUAAAGCAACAUUGACAGCAACAGCAACAACAACAACACCACCAAUAUCUAAGCCCCGCAUUGCACAGCGACCAACCACGCCCAGCCGCCUCAAAACUGUGAUCAAAACGACAAUGGUGAAGCGAAGUCCUAGCCAUGACUCAACGCAGGCCACAAUGUCGCCAGAGUCAGAGUCAGAGUCGACACAUGUGUUGCAGACAACCAGCUGCAACACCAUCACCAACAACAACAACAACAACAACAACAUUAACUCCAGCAACAAUAAUGCGCACGACGAGCCUAGACGUUCAGUUAGGGAGCGCAUCGCCGCCUUUGCGGCAGGAAAUGAUCAACAACAACAACAGCAGCAACAACAAAGUGAAGCCACUCCGGCGCGGCAUCAUGACAAAGUGAAGAAAUUAACUCAAAUUCAGUGCAAUAGCAAUACAAAUCAAAACAACAUGACAAGCAAUGUGAAAAGUGCAAUUAGCAGUGGCAGACAACAGAGCCAACAGGAACAACAGCAAACGCUUAUCAACGGCAAGGCGACGCCGCCGCUGGCCACAUCACCAGCGACAGGAGCAACUACAGCAGCAGCAGCAACAACAAAAGCCAGCACGUCAGCAAUCGCCGCCACUGACACAACGCGCUACAAAUCGGGAUUAAGUGAUGUGGCGGUCGGCGAGGACGUUGAUUUUGAUGUUGAUGGCCAGGCCCCACUCUCUGGCACAGCAACAACACAAGUCUCUGCUGCAGUUGCUGCUGUCUCAGCCACCACAUCCACAUCUUCAGCAAUUGCUCCAAGCGUUUUUAGCACCGGUUGUGCAACCAUGCCUCGCACACGCCAAUACGGAAGCAAUGCUGCACUAGUAGUAGCUGCCUCGGCAAUGGCUGCAACAGGAGCAGGAGCAACUCCAUCCAACACCAUGACAGCUGAUAAGAAAUUCUUAAGCCAGACGGCGCCCAUUGCUGCCAACACUUCACUCUCCUCGUCCCAUCAGCAUCAUCAUCAUAAGCUGCAAUUUGCUGAUAAGUCCGACUCCAAAUUGGCCGCAUUGGAUAAUCUCGAUUUGGCACACAGUCUCGACCUGAUGGAUGUGGAUGGCGAAGAUCCAUAUGGAGCUCUACAGGAUUAUUUGGAACGUGUCAAGUUGGAAAUCAACGAAGUCUUCGAGCUGCGCAAGGCCCAGCGCCUGGAGCAACAGCUCAGGGAUCUAAAGGAGGAGGCGGCGCAGGCAAAUGCAGCAGCCAUUUCGAGGACAACGCAGCUUGAUGAAUUGUCCCGUUCCACGGAAUCAGAUAGUGGAUUUGACAGCAGCAGCACUUCAGCAACAACAGCAGCCAACAAACCAGUGACAACAAAACUUCGAGCCCUGCCCCCACCGCCCUCAAGUCCACAAACAGUUGUCCCAAAGGAAGACGAACAAUCUCAGGUUCAUGCAGAUGAUGUGAACAUUUGGGCUUACAAAUUUCUACGUGAUUUGGAUAAUCUGAUGACAGGCGAUAAGGAUAAGCUGCCGCCGCAUUUGGCUGCCUUGGCCACUUCGUCCAGCAGCAGCAGUUCGCCCACAUCCAGGACAACGCCCAUGUUGCUAUCAGCGGCAGCCACAGCGGCCAUACAAAGUCGACAACAGCAGCAGCAGCAGCAGCAGCAGAAUGGACUUGUCUUGAAACCGGAGAAGCAUGCAACCAUUCCAUUGCAAUCGUUUAACCUUGAUUGCGGACGCAACGAGACGACGGCGACAACCAAAUCGAAUGUUGCCUACAUGCGCACCCUAUCGGCGCCGAAUGGCCAUGUAGCGGCAGCUGGAGGAGGAGGAGGCGGCGGAGCAACAUCACCGACUCAUAGUCAACGCAAAAGUCUGGCUAUAUGCGGUACAUUGCCAACAACUCAUAAGCUGACAAAUUUCCAGCAAAGCACAUUGAAAAUUGAAGAGUUGGCAGCGGCAACCACAGGUGGACCACCGGCAACAGUUGCCGGCGUAGCAGAGGAUUUAAAAUCUAGGCGACAGCGUCAAUUGAGCAACAACGACAUGGAGACAAUGUUGGCAUCCAUGUCGCUGCCAAAACGGGUGGGCAUUAAUCAUCAUGCAACUUCCGCGACGAGCAGAAAUUCAGCCGCCACACCGCCACCAGCAGCAAAUGCAACAUCGACAGCUUCGACCAAUGGCAAAACAGGCGCCACGCCUGGCUAUCUGGUGGAUGUGACCAAAAAAGGCUCCACCUCAACCAUUUGGACAUCGGAGGAGUCUAUUCUGCGUAGCGUUGGCGCCGUCGAUGAGGACAACAACUCCACCUCGUCUUCGUCGGCCUGCGAGGAAGCUGCCGGCGUUUUAAGUUCGGGCAAGUCGGGGAUAUCAUUGGACUCAUCUGGCCUCGAUAAUGACAACAACGAGAGCGGCAUUGGCACAGCCACACCGCCCAAGGAUAUGUCCCAUUGGAAGAGCCAUCACCUGCAACACCACCACCAUCAUCAUCAUCAUCAUCAUAGGCCUGGCGGCGGCGGCAGCGCCCCCGAUAAUGAAUCUGUGAGCAGCCUGGAGGCCCUGCGUAAGAUGAAAUUCCAAAAGAGCGGCUCGGUGGCCUCCUCUGAUGACCCCGAUUUGCUUGAGGUGCUCAGCCAGUGCGGCAGUGGUGGGGAAGCGGCCACAGAAUCCCAGGACGACAUGCUCGAUGAAGAGGCCGCCGUCAAGCAGAGGGAAUGCCAGGAUGAAUUCGAGAUGGGGCAGCAUUUCUGCGAUUGCGACUACACCGAUGGCGAUGCGAGCAGUGCCAGUGGAGGACCUGCCUCCAUAGCCACGCCCGUUGUGUUGCGCCGCAAGUACAGUGCUGCCGCUGCCCCACCCAUUCUAGUGCCCUGUGUGGGCCGUCGUACCCAGCGCAGUCUCUCCCUGGACCACCAUCAUCAACAGCAACAUCAUUUGAUGAUGCAGCCGCACAACAAGUUACUGCCCCGUCACAAUGGCACAACAAACGGCAAGGAACGAUCCCAACUAACGUUGCCGCUACGCCAGGAGCCAUUCCAGUGCCCGCUCUCGCCGACGGCAACAACGAUCACGCAACUGCAUCAUUUUGUGGAACUGCCAUCGCCCAGCAGCGCCUCGCUACACAGUGGACUCGGCGACUCGGGUGGCAUUCAGGAGCUGACGACCAAGUCCAACUCGGCGCCGUUGCUGCUCAAGGAGCGUGAGCGAAGUCGGCGCUGUGAUGAUUUUGCUGCCCAGCAUUUGACGUUGCGCUAUUCUCGUUCGCAGAGUGAUCGCUAUUUAGCAGAAAUCGAAGCGGUGGAAGCUUGUAAAUGGCUGCGGGCCGCAGGUUUUCCGCAAUAUGCACAGAUGUAUGAAGAUCAUCAGUUUCCGAUCGAUUUGAAUAAUGUAGCCAAAGAUCAUCCAAAUCUGGAGAACGAUCAGCUGCAGUCGCUCUAUAGACGACUUUGUGUCCUCAAUCGGUGUGCUACUAUGCGAUUGGAUCAAUCCCAUAAGCCCCAAACGCCACAGCAAAAGGAGGAAUCCGAUGAUGAGAACUUUGCAUUGAGCGAAAACUGGACAUUCCAACGAAACAUUCGACGCUGGUCGCGCAUAGGGGAAAUGGGUUUGGAACUGCCACCGCCAGGUCUGCUGAAUGUGGAGAAGACGGAGAGUUCAUCCAAAGAGUCCAGUCCGGAUCGGUUUGAGGAUGAUAGCUAUGCGGUAGGUGGCACUGGCAUCACUCUCAUGAUUCCUGGCUGCAGCAAGGCAGCUGGUGGCACAGACGAUGGUUCAGAUGGCGGGGCGGCGGCGCGUUUAAGGCGAACUGGCAGUGAACGGUUCAAGGAUAGCGCCAAGGCAUUCCUGCGUCGCGUCGAGUCCAUUAAAUCACGUCGUCGCAAGCGUCAGAAUCGUGAGAAUGUCGUAAUUAGUGGACCCCAGGUGCUGGAUCUGUCGCAAUUCGGCCAGCGUAGCAGCCUGCGAAAACCGGAUGCAGUCUACUCCACACCUCCCUCCCCCUCGGCUCUCAGUCCUAUGCACACAUUCCCUAAGGCGCCGUUCUUUGGCAAUGAGCUGAAGGUGCCCAGCAAUAGCGAGAAUUUCCUAAGUCCCAAUCGUGCCAGUCCGAAGCGUACACCGACCACCCCACGAUCGAUGCGUACCAGUCCCCUGCAUUUCUUCUCAAGUCCCAUGACCCAGUUAAAGGAGGGCAAGUCGGAUGACUCUUCUUCCUACUACAGCGACAGUCAGGAGUCCUCAACGGGGGGCAAACUAACACUACGGAAACCCUCGAAGGCACGACGAUUCCUGCAGCGGUCGGGCAAAGUCGAUGACAUUGGCGCCCACUCGGACUCGGAGUGCCAUCAGGGACGCAAAUUGCUCAUCAAGGAUGCCAACAGCAAUACCACCGAGGUCAAGGUUAAGAAGCUAACCCGUGGUGGUUCUCUCAAUCUGGGCAAGGAUCCAAAGAAACGCGAUGGCUUCCGUUCGUCCUCAUUCCGUUCGCGAAGUACCACCCGUAAGGAGCAGAAGAAUGAUGAGGGCGAUCAGGGUGGCGGCGGCAGCAGCUCGAAACGACAACCAGUCGUCCGCUGGCACAGUUUCCAAAUGGAGGAACGACCCAAUAUGAUAUUCCGCAAGUGUUUCUCCAAGAAAAUCGAACCACAACAGGAGGAUGCUGGCAUCCCAUUUGCCGCCAUGUCGGCUGGCCAACUUCAAAUCAUUCGCAAGCUGGCUCUGGUCACCCUCACCGGCUACAUGGAACGCUAUUGUCCCACCCAUCGCUCAGGCUGGAACUGGGAGCUACCGAAAUUCAUUAAGAAAAUCAAAAUGCCCGACUACAAGGACAAGAAGGUAUUUGGUGUUCCACUGUUGCUGAUCCUUCAGCGCAGUGGACAGACUCUGCCCGUAGCUGUGCGUGCUGCUCUCCGUUGGCUGCAACUGAACGCUCUGGAUCAGGUGGGCAUCUUCCGCAAGAGCGGUGGCAAAUCGCGUAUCAUUAAACUACGCGAACAGAUCGAGGUGACCGAGUCGACGGCCGAGUGCAUGGAUGUGUUUGACUUGCAGCAGGCCUACGAUGUGGCCGACAUGUUGAAACAGUAUUUCCGCGAACUGCCCGAAUCCCUGCUAACCACCAAGAUGUCCGAGACAUUUGUGGCCAUUUUUCAGCAUUUGCCAGUCGAAGUCCGUCUGGAUGCCAUCCAGUGCGCCGUAUUGCUAUUGCCCGAUGAGAAUCGAGAGAUCCUCUAUGUAUUACUGGAAUUCUUAACCAUUGUGGCAGCCAACUCACAACUGAAUCAAAUGACAAGCAAUAAUUUGGGAGUUUGCCUUGCCCAGUCCAUUUUCCAUUCGUCCAUUGCCACGGGAUCGGCUUCGGUGUCGGCUUCACCGCGUCGCAAGGGCAAAGGCUCUGGCAUGCCCGACAUGAAGGAACUGGCCGAGGCAAAGGCCUCACACGAGUGUCUGUCCUUUAUGAUUGAUCACUACAAACCAAUCUACACGGCCUCGAAAGAGAAGCUGGGCAAGUGCAACUUUGGUUACAUGGAGGAGUCGAAACCAGUGCCCCUUGAGGCCCUUGGCGAGGGCAUGCAGUUCCACAAUUGGCGCGGCUAUCUUUACGAAUGCACCAGCGCCACCAUUAAAGAGGGGCGAGAAAAGACUCGUGGAUGGUUUACCAUAACUUCGCUAAAUGACAGCAAUGUGGACAUUGCCUACAAGAAGGUGGGCGAUGGUCAUCCGCUGCGUCUAUGGCGAUGUUCUACAGAGAUAGAGGGUCCUCCUUGUGAGGUGCUCAGCUACAUUAUUAAACAGCGCGCCUCGUGGGAUGCCAAUCUGUUGCAGUGUCAGACGGUGAAGAAGCUAGACGAUCGCACGGAAAUCUAUCAAUACGCUUUAGAUGGUCAGCUCACCUCGGACUUUUGUGUCCUACGUUCAUGGCAAACGGAUUUGCCGCGCGGUGCUUGCGUUAUAGUGGAGACCUCCAUUGAUCAUGCCAAGGCCAAGCCGCUCUUUGGUGCUGUGCGUGGUGUCGUUCUGGCCUCGCGUUAUCUCAUUGAGCCUUGUGGCAGUGGCAGAUCCCGUGUAAUGCAUUUGGCAAGAGUUGAUGUCAAGGGCAAGACACCUGAGUGGUACAACAAAAACUAUGGACACAUUUGCUCGCACUACUUAUCGCGCAUACGUAUGGCCUUUAAGCAUGUGGCCGAUGGACCUGAGAGUAAGGUCUAAAUCAACCUAUUAAUUGGAAAUCUUCUCCUCUUUUUGGAUAAUCGUUGUAAUAUAUAUAAUCGUUGAAGCAUUUAUGUGAAAGUGAAAAAGAAAACCUCCACCAAUUAUGACCUAAACAGAAACCUUGGACCACAAUGAGCUUAAGUGGGGAAAAAAACAGAAAAAGAGAGAGAGACAGGGAAAGAGAGAGAGAAAGAUAAUGAUGAUCAUGAUAUAUGAGUAUAUCUAUUUUUGUAAAUACUUAGUUACGAAAGAAUACCCCAUACGCCUUUUUUAUACAACCUUCAAAUACGUUUUCGGUUAUAAAUUUAACUAUAGCUUAUUGUAUUAUAUUUUUACAUGGUCCUAACUUA